AUGAACCAGGCGAUCGUUAGGUCGUUUAGAAGCCAUCAUCAAUUGCCCGCUGGUGUAAUAAUAUCUCCGACGUCGAACCAAGUAAGCAGGGAAGGUAGAGUUCCUUAUUCAACAGGUUUUGUUAAUUUGAGGAAGGGGAAGAAGGCUUUUUGUACCAACCCAGACAGUAAGCACGACAUGGACAAAGCUCAGGAGCCCAAGGACAAGAAAGGGGACGCGAUGUCGCAUUCGUUUGGAGAAGGGUAUGCGACGAGGAGCGACGAGGAGGGGUUUGGCGGGAUCUAUGGAGGGAACAACGACGACGACAAUGUCAAGCUGGAGAAGAAGAUCCAUGAAGAUCACCCUGAUUAUGACAGGAGCCAGGGGAGUGAAGUGAAAGAGAAGGAGAAGGCGCGUAACCAAGCCACUGCCAACCAUUGAGACCAGUUCAAAGACGGUGCGUGCAGAAGUUCUAUUUCAAUAAGAAGGGGACGCACGAGACCAAGUGGCCGUUGCGCCUCUGUAAUAAGUCUAUAGGCUCUAGCUUAGCUACUACGUACCCUUUCAAUUUCAUGUUCACUUUCGGGGUGUUCUUUCU